UGUGACGUUUGAGUUGACAUUUAAAAUCAGAAGAAAUCAUCUGUUUCCUAAGUAUUUUAUUGAAGUUCAUCUUUGUUAUCAAUUUAAUCAUUCGAAAAAUAUUGCAAUAGUUUAACGGUUAGAAUGUCAGAAAUCGAAGAUUCACCUGGACGUUUGGCACUGGAACAAAUGAAAAAUGUACAUAAGGAUUUGAUAGAAUUCAAAAAACCAGAGAUACCUGUGAAGAGAAAACGUAAACAAAUUAUUUUGGACGAAGAUGAUUACGUUCAAGAAAUCGGAAAAAUAAUUCAAAGAGAUUUUUUUCCAUCGUUAGAAAAAAUGAAGGUUCAAAACGAUUACUUAGAUGCAGUCGAAAGAAAUGAUAUAUCAAAAUUGAGGGAAUUAUAUACUAAAUACAGUGGAAAGAAACCACCACCAAUCAGAGUUCCAAGUCCUGCAACUUUUGAAACUCCUGCGAACAUUCAUAAUACCCCACAAAUACCAAAUGCAGAUGAAUUGUUGCCUUCAGUUACAAACAAUUCCAAACAUGGUCCAAAAUUGAGCCUUGAUCAGUUCUUAAACUCUCAUGAUUCUGAGGAUAACGACAGUUUCAGGGAUAUAUUGGAGGAAUCAGAUAAGAAACAUAAAGAAAAAUAUUCUUUUCUCUAUAAUGAAGAAGGAAAAAGUGAAGAAAAACUUAGAGAAAUGUUGGCAUUGCCUUCAAUAGAAAAACAAGCAAUGUUGCCCGAAAAAAAAUUCAAUGUAGAUACUUGGGGUUACAAAAAUAGAAAUUAUAUAAUGUAUGUUCCUGAUGGAGUCGCAAUGACAGAUGAAAAGGAGAAAGAAAUCAAUGAAAAUAGACUUCAGAUAAAUUAUACAAAUACAAGGUUUAUUGAAAAUCCUUUCAAUGAAAAUCAGAACAAGGAAGCAAUAUCUGAAAUAGCCAAAACACAAGCUAAAUCGCUGGAUGGAAAGGUAGGUGUAGAUGGUAAAGAAUUGAAUAAAGAGACUCCUCGAAUAGGUGGAUAUAGUUUCAUUAAAGAUCCUUCUCCGUGUCCCGAUGCUAUGGCAAGUCCUCUUAUGACUUGGGGAAUGAUUGAAGGCACACCUUUCAGAUUAGACGGAGGGGACACUCCACUUCGAAGGACUCCUGGACCUUCCUUCACAAUGUCAGAACCUACAAGACGAGAGCAACUAGCAUUAGAAUUAGCAGAGAAAGCUUCUGGGAAAGAUAAGGACAAAAAAAGGAAAGCAAUGGAUGCUGCUAAAAGAAUUGCAAGUCCUUCACCCAGAACAAAUUCAUCUUUGGAUAUGUUGGCUUCGAUGUCGCCUGCAGCAAGAAGAUUAGCUACUUCUAGUUUGAAAAUUGGAUUGCAUACCCCUCAAAGAACUCCACGAGUGAGUUCAUUAACAUCUGGAUUGAGAGCGAAGACCCCACAACGAAUUGUUACCCCGAAGAUCAAGACGCCUACUAGUAGAACUAUAGAGAAGAAGGAAAAUUUGACAGACGAUCUAUUGAAAAUUCAGUUGCCAAAGAGAUUGACAGCAUCGGAUUUUUUUUAAUAAAUUUAUUUAUAUCAGA